AUGGUGUUACCAGUUGGUGCGCCGAAUCCUUUGAUCAGUCAACGUCCUGUAACACUUCGACCUAGGCCAGUACCGGUACCACAAGGUGAACGUGUCGCUGGUACUGCUGCAUUACCGGUUCUGCCCGCUCCGCUGAUCGUCCAACAUGUGGCUCAAAACCAACACGUUGAGGUGCAGCUCGGUCUUGCACCCACUGGAGGAGGCGGAUUUUUCGCAUCGGUACGUGCUUGCCAAUUAACAUUCCUUUGCUCAUCUGGUCUCUUUUCCUCCUUUUCACAGUUUUUCGGAUCUACCGCUGUUGACUUUUAUUACCAAACUAUUCAGCUUCUUAUGUAG